CAGAGUCGAGAUGUCGAGAUUGCCACAUUCGCACUAAUUUCAUCAAUUCAUUUUAGAUUAGUCAAUACUUGAAAAUAAGUAGUCAUACAAAACGAGUAGAGAUUUAAGUAUUUCCAUAUCAAUUAUACUCCUAAAUUUAAAAAGGAUUUGCAUUUUUCAAGGAACAUACUUGGAAAAUUCUAGGCGAACAAAUAUCAAAUCAAAACCAAUGUCACAUUACACAUAUUACUCGUUUCGCGAUCCUAUAUUUGGUGGUGAUAUUUUAUUUGGAAUUGGAGGACUGAUUAUGAAUUUUGCAGUGUGCAGAUGCAUUGCAAAAAUGAGAAUGUUUGAUCAUUUUACAAAAUACUAUUUACUGAGUAUUUGCAUCUCUUACAUUGGAAUUAUUCUAAUGGAUGGAUUUAUACGUUAUGGAACUCUCACAGAGAAAUUUGCGUGUAAACGAAGUUCUAUUUAUAACACGUUUAGCAUGACAUCUUUACUAUCACUGACUGCCUUCUCGAUACAUUUAUACAUAAAUAUUUGCAAUCCUUUCAAAUCAAAAGGAACGGAUAAUACAAUUUUAACCAUUUUCAUUGUGGCCUUCAUAUGGUUUGUUAGCAUCGGCUAUACUAUUCCCUUCUCCAGACUGGCUGACAUGAAUAUUUGUGAAUACAAAGAUCAUUUUGGAAGACAUUGUACUUCUGAAUGUACUAUUUUUGGGCCAGAAUCACCUUGGUAUACGUUCCAAACUUGCUUCUUAGUUUUAUUUCUUGUAUUAAUGAUCUUAUCAAUUACACUCAUCGAGAUUGCACAAUUCUCAAAUUAUGAAAAAAUUUUGGAGGGAUGGAGUUUCGAGUGGGAAUGGGGAAAAAGGAUUCUUCCGACGAUAGCUCCACUUUUAGUAGUACACUUUCUCUGCAGUGGUUUUGAAUACUUGACAAAUACUGGAUCCAUGUAUUCCUAUUGUAAUCUGGAAUUAUAUAGCAAUACGAAUGAUGAACUAACAAUUUGCAGUAUCGUUAAAAUAGUACUACAUGUCAAUUAUGUUCUGGUUCCUCUUUUCCUAAUAAUUGUCAAUGAAAGGACGAAAAAAUUACUUCGAAUGGUUCGACGCAUGAAGAAAAAAGCCAAACAUCGAGUGGAGAUAUAAAUUUAGAUAAAUAUAAUAUAUGUAACAAGAGUGUAACAAUUUGACAUUCAAAUAACUGUUUGUGUAGCGCUACUAUUAUUGUAACGUAACAUUUGUGUUAUCGUUACAUAAUGUCUUACACAGUAAGGUGUUAUAUUAACACAAUUUAUGCAUGUUCCAUGACCCCUAUAUAACAGACCUAUCAUACUUCAAAUCAAAAUUUUUUAUUAUGGUAGAAAGAUUACAUUUUAUAUUUUCAAUUUUUAACAUUCUUCACAUUAUAUAAAGUCUCUAAUUUAAUAUUAUGAGCACAAAAAGUGGACCAUUAUUGUCUUAAUUACUGUAUCAGUAUUAUAUCAUUUUUGUAUAUAACUCGUGCCAAAUACUGUGAUAUUGUAAACCUACUUAUCCUACAGAAGUUACAGACUUUUCUCAAUGUUAAUUGAGUAGAAGAAUAUGACG